AUGAGUACUCACAGCCCAGAGUCGAAAUACAACGCCUAUGCCAACUCCGGGUUUUCACCUAACGGCAAAAGCAAGAGCAAAAUCCCCUCCACCAUUCGCACCGUCCCGAGCUUCGAAGCAUCUUCGGAUAUCUCGUCCGAAUCGCCGUCCGCGCGAAACAGCGGAUUUUCUAGUUCUAUUAAUAGCAAUGUCAGCGGUACAUCAUACAGCUCUCAACAAGCACAAAGCAGCUCGACUGUGAGGUUAAAACCGCAAUCACCUAGCUUAGGGCCACCUUUACCAAUAACACGAAGUGAAGACCCGUAUAUAUCCGCAAACGAUACAACUCCCGGAGAAGAGAUGGCAGACGACGCAACCUUAUCUUUACAGGUUCCGGAGACAGCGACGCUCGAAGACCGGCCAAGUACAGGACCAGGAAGUUCGCCGCAAUGGGAUGGUGCUGUCGGGAAGGCUGGCCUUGGAAAGACGGGCAGAGUAAUUAAUAAAUUGGUGUCUGAGAACGAGGCCUUGAAACGGGAUAUCCAAAUCGAACGUUUUAAAUCCGAGGAGGCAAAACAGGCAGCCAAGCUACUCGAAGACAAGAUGGAACGUAUGGUCGCAGACUACGAGAGCCGCCUAUUAGAAGCCACGGUGACCAAGACGUUGCUUAGUCGUAAGGAACGUCAAGUUGAGCAUUUGCAAUCUACCGUCGAGCUCGAGAAGAAGCGCACAUCGGAUGCUCAAGAACGGGAGCGAACAUGGCGCGAAGAGAUAGAGAAGUGCCGCCGGGACACCAAAGUCCAAGUAGAGGAGGCUAACAUGCAGGCGGCAUUGAUGGAGAGUCGAUAUAAUGCCAUCUCAUCGCAUUGGAAGGAUCAAGGCGACGAAGUGAAGCGUAUGAUGGCGGGGUUUGAUAAGAAGAUCAAAACGUUGGUUAAGGAACGCAAGGAGGACGAUGAAAAAAUCAGCGUCCUCCGCGAUUUGUGUGACCAACAAGAUGGAAAUAUUCGGGACCUACAACGGCAAAAGGAAGAGAUUGCCCAACAAUUCGAGGCUUAUAAGCGCGAACAGGAACAAUCGCUGCAAGACAUCAAGAAAGCCGCCCGUCAGAGAGAAGAAGAACAGGAGAGGACACUCGAGGAGGCAAAGCGCGUACUCGGUCAACUGAAAUGGGCGCUUAACGUGAAGAAAAACGUGAAGGGUGCUGAGUGA